AUGACGACCCCAAGAGCAGGCUCUCUUCUCAAGCUCCGAACUAGUCGAAACUAUAAACAUGUUCAUUCUCGUACCAAGUUAUGCCCGUACUGCCCAGCCAGAUUUUCUCGUGCUUCUCUUCUGAACCGACACAUGCGCAUCCACGCCGAUAUACCGCUACAUUGCUGUGAUACUUGCGAAGCACAAUUCACUUCCGAUUCCGUUCUCAGGCGUCACCAACGGCGCUGUAGCAUACUUUACAAUCACUCUCGUCGUGAUGCCUGUGUCUCUUGCGUGGAAUUAAAAAUCAAGUGCGAUCGCCUGGAGCCUUGCUUCAAGUGCAAGGCACGCAAUAUACCCUGUGUCAAGCCAAAUCGAAGUGUCAGUGGACACUGGCAAGAUGUGGCAUCAUCCCUAAGCGUUGGUUCAUGUCCGUCCCCUCCAGCUUCGCUUUCUCCGUUCAGUGAUUGCCCCGUCAUUGCGUGCGAUACUCCCAGUUGUGGUCAAGGAGCUGUUCCUUCUGUCUUUUUUGAAACGAGCGCUUUUUCUGAGAAUCCCUCUUCCGAACCAACAAGUUUGAAUGGGGUCAGCAACACUGAUGUUCGACAUGAUGCCAUGCCUGUCAUAGCUUCUGCUUCUGCUAGUGACAUGCUUGAGUCUCUCUUCAGUGGCGUAUUUUCGGCGACAUCUAGCCCCACGGUAUCUGGUGUGGAUGAACACUCGUGGAUAGGAAUGGGAUUAAAGACGGAGAGUGCAGAAUCGGAGUUUCCUCUUGCCUCCAUGGCGCAGGCGCCGGGCUCGAAUUCUUUUGGGGAUCUCGGUCCUUCAUCGUCCUACACGGCGACUGAGUCGCGUUCCAGUCCCUCUGUUUCGGGCAACGAUAUCGAAUCACAGCACUAUCUUGACCUGUUCUUCUCUAGUUUUUCUUCCCAGAUACCGAUCGUCCAUGCAACCACCUUCCGAUCUCAAGUCAAAUCGCCUGUCUUAUUAAGUGCAAUGCAGGCAUGCGGGGCUCUGUAUGUCCGAACGCGAAAGGCAAGCACUUUCAUCACGACCACCUUGGCGUCCGCUCGGGAUGCCCUGAUCCAGGAUUUUGCCAAAAAUCCCACAGAUUCAAUGGAUCAAAUUCAGCUCAUCUUGGCGGUGGUUCUUCUCCAGACCAUUGGGUUGUUUCACCAGCAGCCCGAACAGCGGGUUUCAUCGAGCAUCUACCACGGGAUGCUUGUUAUGAUGAUACGGCGUACUGGUUUGAUCUCAAAAAUCUCCUCAUGGACACCGGGAAAUCUUACUGAAGUCCCCCUGGAGCAUUUGUGGUCCGAGUGGGUGAUGAACGAGAUGACCAAACGCGCAAUCCUGUGGUCGUAUAUGCACGAUUGCUGUCAGGGCAUUUACUUCGCCCUGCCCCCGUCGUACCACGCAAGUGAGCUCACACUCAAUCUACCCUGCGAGGAUUCGCUUUGGCAGGCCGCUAGCCCGACGGAGUGGUUCAUGGCACUACAGGCGGCGUCUCCGUAUGGCUCGAUCCAGUCACGACUGAUCGGGAUAAGUAUCCCCGAUUCUUUGGCAGCUCUGGAAGAAAGUCGCCUCCUUCCCGUUCCUCAUCCUCUCAAUCCCUUCGCGCACUUCAUUCUUAUUCAUGCCAUUCUACGCCGUUUAUUCUCUGCGUGCUUUGAAGGCCGAAAAGUUUCAACCAAUGGGGAUUGCCAACCGGAAGAAAUCAAUCAGGAAAUUCAGCGACUACAGUUUGCGCUUCACAAUUGGUUCCAAAGUCAACUAGUUGCGCCUGAGACACUUGAUGCUUCUCUUCCUGGAGAGGAGCCGCUCUUUAUCCACAACGUUCUGCCCUUUUACUGGCUCGGACAAGUCGCGCUCCUAGCAUAUCAAGAGGGCUUGCCGCCUUUUCAACCCAAUUCACCCGACAACUUAAAGGUGGAACUUAGGUUCAAAUUGGUCAAACAGUGGCUGAAGCAUAUUCGAGCAUUCCUCAAGAGUAACGAUGGGGCGCCCACCCUUUUCUGGGACGAAUUGAUGAAAUUGCGUUUGAAAAGCUGGCAAAUGGAGUUUGAGAGUGAUUUUUCGGAGGACCAGGACGGACUUCUAGGUUUUUUUGCUGAGAGUUAG